UAGUUGUAACAGGACACUGAAAAAUGAUGACACAGGGACACGUAAGUUGGCAAGCUUUACAAACAAAAAUCAUGUGAUUUUAAAAAAAAGAAAAAAAAAGAAAAUUCCCUUUGAUUAAGGGACGGAUAAACAUCCACAUACAAGACGCAGAGAUGCGUGCUAUUUCAGCACCAGUCAUAUUCAGAGUUUCCAUAAUCUUGUUUUCAAGUGUUUCAAGUUGCUCAUUUUGUGAUUCACCACAAACACCUACAUGUACAUAAGAUGUCGGUUCACAUCUUUAUCACAGGCAGCUUUGCGAGACUACAGUGCUGCCAAAGGUAUCUAAUGUACAAGAUCACUUCCCCUCCUGAGGUUUGAGUUGAGACAAUGUUUUUGUAGGUCAAAUAGAGGAGGUUUCUCGUUGUCAGUCAAACCUUGUCAUCAGCCUUGACUUAGAAACCAGAGUGUGGAGGAAGUUGUCAUCUGUGCACCUGCUCCUCCCUAUUUUGUGCAAAUCUAGAUGUAUGCACGGAAGUUAAGUUGCAGAACAAGGACACAGGUGGUUAGAUGCGAGGCUGUGCCAGGCUCUUGUCUCUGCCAUGGAGCUGUAACAGUAUGACAGAGGUUAGGUGCACAUAGGCGGCCUUGUGGAGUAAAAACCAAAGUGUGAAGGGGUAGAAAAAGUCUGAAAAGUCAGCAAACCAAAGUGUCUCGAGUUGGAGAAGUGAAUGCCAGGGAUGGGGACAAUCCCGACUGAAAUUAGGCGCCUUUUGGAUGACUGUGAGCUGUUUGUAGCAGAUAUCCUUCAAGAUGAAGAGCUCAGUGAAAGUGCCCAAGAGACACGGAAAGUCUUACUGAAUAACUUCAGGGUCGUCCAUGUAAGACACCCUCAAGAAUUCCCCUUCCCAUCGGACUUUAGAGACGACGACGGUUCUGAUGACAACCGCAGUUCCAGUCUGGGUCGCUCGGACGACGCCUCAGUGGCCUCUGACUACCAGGAUGAUGGAGCCCCUGAGUACUUCGGUGACAUCGCUCCUGUGGCAGCUCAGGACCUCAGCAACAUUUUGAAGCAAGGCUACUUGGAGAAGAAACGAAGAGAUCACAGCUUCUUCGGCUCAGAGUGGCAAAAGAGAUGGUGUGUUCUGAACAAUUUCAUAUUCUACUACUUUGGGAGUGAAAAAGAUAAGCAGCAGAAGGGCUCCUUUUAUAUCAAUGACUACGGUGUGCAGCUGGUGACCAACCUGAGAAAAGACUCCAAAAAGAUGUGCUGUUUUGAGCUUGUUUGCCCCGGACGAAGAGCUUUCCAGUUCACUGCCAGCAGUCCUCAGGAGGCCAGAGACUGGGUGGACCAAAUCAAUUUUGUACUUAGAGAUCUCCACUCCACCUCCAUCCCUUGCGAUGAUGACGAGGAAGAGGAAGAGGAGACCUAUGAUGACAUUGAGGGGGUAACCGGCCCUCCCCCUCCGUGGCCAGGCGCUGCCCAGGUCUCUCAGAGCGGCAAACUGGGAGGAGGGCAUGAGACGGGGGAGGUCGACGAGGAGGACGAUGAUAUCUACGAGAUGCUGCCAGAGGAGGAUUUUCCAGACCCGACAGAUGAGAACAGCGAGAGGAACAACAAACCAGCUUCGUCAUCAGAUUACGCUAACUACUACCAGGGUUUAUGGGAUUGCCAGGCCGACGAGCCGGACGAGCUGACCUUCCAGAGAGGAGAUCUCAUCUACGUCAUUAGCAAGGAGUACAACAUUCACGGCUGGUGGGUCGGCGAGCUGAAUGGCACUGUGGGUAUCGUCCCCAAGGAUUUCCUGCACCCUGCCUACAUCCUCUGAGCUCCAACAGUGUUGCUGCUGACACGUCCGGCCAUGAAUUUCACAGACCGCUCAUCAGAUAGUCUUUUGUCAUUGGAAAAAUGAGACUGUAAGUUAUAUCAUGUAAAUCUGUCGCAGUGAUAAUUAUUCCUGUACACUAUGGACUAUUUGUAAAGGUCUUAUCUACAAUAUUAAUAUGCAAACUAAAGCUAAAACAAUUAGUCGAUCAGUCAGUUAGGUCUCUGUCAGAAAAUUAAGCACCAGCUACUUUAAUAAUUGAUUAAUGGUUUCAGUAAUUUUCCAGCAAAAGCCUCUCAGACGUGGUUUGGUGCUUUUCUUUGUUUUAUAUCAUUAUAAAUUAAAUAUAUUUGUGUUUUUGACUGCACAUUUGACAAGAAAGUAAUUUAAGGGGACGUCACUGGGCUGUGGUAAAUAAUGAUGGGAUUUUUUCAGACUGUUUGUUUUAAUUUUUCAUGGAUUGAUUAUUCAGAAGAUUAACUAACAGGAUGAUGAAUAAUGAAAUUAUAUUAUAAUUAUUGUCGUCUGAUACAUUUAUAAAUUCACUGGUUAAAAUGAGCAAUAAAUAACCAUUUGUUUUCUUUUGUUUCAUUCCUGACUUACAUUUUAAUAAGCUGCAGAUGUUAUGUACAAUAUGUAAAAUAUUUUAAAGCUGCACUGUAUGUUUCAGACCUAAAUCCCCCAAAAUAGUAACAGCCUUUACUGCCUGUCUCUGAUGUUCGGUUGAAAUGAUGUGUGGUUAUUGAACUGUUUUAUUUUUAGCCACUGGGUGGCAGGAUUGCUCCAGUAUCUUGCCUUGAAGGCAUAAGAUGUGUUUGGUUGGACACAGAAACCACAAAGAGUCACAUGUAACACAGUAAAGAAGAAAAACUAUUUAUUUGAAAUAAAAUUAGAUUUACAUGGACACAGUCACUCAGGUUGUUAUCACUGCCCUUGUAGAUCCAUGUUAUAAAAUUGAGGUCUCCUCCGAAGCUGGAACAUUCUUUAAAAAAAUGUUUUUGAAAGCAACUUGUCAAAAAAACAAAAAAAACAACAACCUGUAUUCAUUUACAAUAUAAAAAAGCUAAACCCAGUACUCUACAAUCCUCCUAGCAGAUCCCACA